AACGCUUGGACUAAAGACCUUCAUAGCGCUUAUGGAAAUGAAAGGAACAGGCAUUUCCCGAGGACACCUUCAGAGGCAACUUAAAACCUUCACCCUUUCUGAAUGUUUUCCGUUGAAUCACACAGAGGCCCUCGCGCCGCUAACCCCUCUCCAUUUUGGGGGACUUGGUACGGUCCGCGUGGAGUGCCGUGAUUCCGGUUCCGGCGCCCCGUGCAGUUCCGUCAUGGCCUCCGCCGGGGCGAGUCAUAACACUGCGGCGUCGCGGCGACAGCUGCAGGGCCGCUCGUCGCGACAGGACAAGUACUCGGUGCUUCUGCCCACCUACAACGAGCGCGAGAACCUGCCGCUCAUCGUGUGGCUGCUGGUGAAGAGCUUCUCCGACAGUGCAAUCAGCUAUGAGAUUAUAAUCAUAGAUGAUGGAAGCCCAGAUGGAACACGGGAAGUUGCUGAGCAGCUGGAAAAGAUCUAUGGAUCAGACAGAAUUCUCCUCAGACCGCGGGAGAAAAAGCUGGGAUUAGGAACUGCCUAUAUUCACGGAAUAAAACAUGCCACAGGAAACUAUGUCAUCAUUAUGGACGCUGACCUUUCACACCAUCCAAAAUUUAUUCCUGAAUUCAUCAGGAAACAAAAGGAAGGUAAUUUUGAUAUUGUCUCUGGAACUCGCUACAAAGGAAGUGGAGGUGUCUAUGGCUGGGAUUUGAAAAGAAAGAUAAUCAGCCGUGGGGCCAAUUUCAUAACUCAGAUUUUGCUGAGACCAGGAGCUUCGGAUUUAACUGGAAGUUUCAGAUUAUACAGAAAAGAAGUUCUACAGAAAUUAAUAGAAAAGUGUGUUUCUAAAGGCUAUGUCUUUCAGAUGGAGAUGAUUGUCCGGGCAAGACAGUUGAAUUACACUGUUGGUGAGGUUCCAAUAUCGUUUGUGGAUCGAGUUUAUGGUGAAUCCAAGUUGGGAGGAAAUGAAAUAGUCUCUUUCCUGAAAGGAUUAUUGACUCUCUUUGCUACUACGUAAAAGAAAUUAUUCACUUAGGCUUACCGUGUUCAUUUCAAUUAAAUGUAAAGAAGCCUGAUUUUCUGGUUUUUCUAAAUGUACUCUUAGAGCAUGAACUUGAAGGUAAGGUACGUUUCAUAUGGAUCUUUUCUUUGGAGAAACUCACAUUGAAAUUUCAAAUUAAACAAUGCUACUGGUUCAAUAA